AUGUGGUCUCAUUUCCUACCACCACAGACAAAUCCUGCGGCUGCCCUCUUUGCUGGAGCUGUUGCUGGUUCGGUCGAAGGCUUUGUGACAUAUCCUACCGAAUUUGUCAAAACUCGUUCUCAAUUCAGAUCCAACCAGACGAAUGGCAAGCCACCAAGUCCGAUCCAGAUCCUUCGAUCCACUGUAGCAAAAGAUGGAAUCCGAGGACUAUAUUCAGGUUGCUCAGCUCUAGUCAUUGGAAAUGGUUUAAAAGCUGGAGUCAGGUUUUUAAGUUAUGACAAAUUCAAGUCAAUGCUUGCUGAUGAUCAAGGUAGACUCACUGGUCCACGAUCUCUUCUAGCUGGUUUGGGGGCUGGUAUGCUAGAAGCCAUCAUCGCUGUCACACCAUCUGAAACAAUCAAGACCAAACUCGUCAAUGAGUCUAUGCAACCUAAACCUCGUUUCUCAGGUCUUGUUCAAGGCACUCGAGAGAUUAUACGAAUGGAAGGUUUAGCUGGAAUCUAUAGGGGCUUAUUCCCGGUCAUGAUGCGUCAAGGUGCAAAUUCUGCUGUUAGGUUCUCGACUUAUAGUAGUUUAAAAUCUCUUUUUCAGGGAAACGUUCGAUCUGGUCAACAACUUCCUACCUUGAUCACAUUUGGAAUAGGAGGUGUAGCGGGUGUGGUGACAGUUUAUUGUACUAUGCCUCUAGAUGUGAUCAAGACUCGGAUGCAAUCACUUGAAGCUAAAACAAAGUAUGUCAACUCAUUCGAUUGUGCAUAUCAAAUCUUCAAAUUCGAAGGUGUCAGUCGAUUUUGGAAAGGUACUACUCCUAGAUUAGUGAGAUUAAGUUUGGCCGGUGGAAUCGUCUUUACUGUAUAUGAAAAUGGUUGA